AUGGCGGAUUCCGUUAAGGCCGUUUUUACGAAAUUGAACAAUGCGAAUUUCAUCGCAUGGAAAUUCCGUAUGCAAACGCUGCUAGAGAGAGAGGAGGUAUGGGAAGUGAUCGAGGUUCCUAUACCAGACGAAAAGAACGACAGUUUUGCAGAAUGGAAGAAGAAGGACACAAAGGCAAGGAAUACAAUUGCGAUGUUUGUCGAAGACAACCAGUUGCGCUUUAUCAAGAAAGCAGAGUCAGCCAAGGAAAUGUGGGACAAUCUACGUUGUUACCACGAAAAGGCUACAAUUGGCAACCAAGCUUUGCUUUUGCAUCAAUUGUGUUCUACAAUGAUGGCCGAGGAUGCUGAUGUGGAAAAGCAUAUCGAAUAUGUGGAAAACAUCUACGAAAAAAUGGACAACGCCGGCGUCGAUUUGAGUGAAAUGCUACGGAUCAUCUUAUUUCUACGGACUUUGCCGCCGUCGUACAGCACGUUUGUCACAUCGGUGGAGACCUGUCCUCAAGAAGACGUCACUAUGGAAUCGGUGUUGGCUCGAUUGCGAGAAGAAAGCAUGAAGCGCGAAUGUCAACCAGGAGUAAGCUGUAAGGAGGAGAAAGUCCUUAAGGUUGAAACAAAGGAUCGUGGGAGCACCAGCAACAGCAAGGCCAGCUCCGUACCAAAUAAUGGACUAGUGCCCCGAUUUAUCUCACGAGGCCAUACCUACCGGGCAGUUGUCGGCGAUACGUUGGUGCUACCAUGUGAAGUAGAAAAUUUGGGAACGCUCGUGCUGCUGUGGCGACGAGGCUCGAAUGUGCUUACCGCCUCGCAGCUGAUGGUAACCCGUGAUGAGCGGAUACGGCUUGUCAACGGGUAUAAUCUGGAGAUUUCCGAACUGGAACCACAGGAUGCCGGUGACUAUGUCUGUCAGAUCAGCGACAAGGUCAACAAGGACCAGGUGCACACGGUAGAAAUUCUCGUUCCACCAAGCGUCCGAGCCAUUCCACCCACAGGCCAGGUGACGGCACGCAAAGGCGGGGCCGUAACGCUCGAAUGCAAAGCAUCCGGUAAUCCGGUACCAUCCAUCUACUGGACAAAACGCCAGAGUGGAACGGGAAAAUCGGCUGCCAAGAUCGGCGAAGGACCCGUGCUCUCGCUGGAACGUGUCGAACGCCAGCAGGCCGGUGUGUAUCAGUGCACCGCGGACAACAGCGUCGGAGAUCCGGUCACCGUGGACAUGCGGCUCGAUGUGUUGUAUCCCCCCGAUAUCAGCGUGGAAAAAUCGUGGAUUCAUUCCGGUGAAGGUUUUGAGGCGCAGCUCGAGUGUAUCGUACACGCUGAUCCCCAACCAACGGUCUCGUGGAAUCAAAACUCAUUUCCGCUGCAGCCAACCGAUCGGCGUACGAUGUCGUCCAGAGGAAAUCGCCACACGCUCACUAUUCGCCAUGUGCAGCAGGAAGACUUUGGCAACUACAGCUGCGUUGCGGACAACUCACUGGGACGGUCGAAGAAGUACAUGGAAGUAUCAGGACGGCCAGGGCCAGCUGAUUUCCUGUCGCCACCGUGGAGCCGCUCGACGGACAGUUUUAAUUUGACCUGGAAAGUGGAAAGCUAUCCACCACUGCAGGAGGUUCGACUGCUCUACCGGAAGCUGAUGAUGAAUGAAACUUUCCAACAGCCAGGUCGAUGGCACGAUGUCAUUCUAACGCCUGCACCACGACCCCCAUCAGAGCCGUUGACACACGUCAUGGCGUUUACGUUGCGUGGCCUACAGCACAGCUCCGUGUACGAAGCCAUCGUGCAGGCGAAAAAUCGUUAUGGCUGGAACGAGGUAAGCGACAUCUUCCAGUUCUACACGCAACGAAUAUCGUCCGACAUUCACUCGGAGGAGAUGCAGGUUGCCAGCUCGACAUCGCGUUCCGGUUCUACGUCCUUACACCGAAACGCCCCAAAAUCAUCAGUCUGGAGAGUGGUGACACUGACGCUACUGCCCAUCCUUCCCUGGGUAUUGUCUCCAUUAUGCGCACUGCUACACGGCGGCACGCUUUUCGAUCGGUCGAAACUCAUCAUCUAA